AUGCUUGGUUUUCAACUUCCAUCUCCAUCAUCCUCUGUUAUUGAUCCCCCAUGUAGUAAGGUUGGGCUUUACCUUAGGCAUAUUGUUUAUGGUUUAAGGUUGCAUCCGUCUUCCUUCUUCUUGGAGGUACUUUGUUUUUAUAAAGUUCAUCUUGUGAAACUAUGCCCUAAUGUUGUGUCGAAAGUGCUUACUUUCAAGGUCUUCUGUGUAGCCCAUGAAAUACCACUUGAUGUCGCUCUGUUUCACUAUUUUUAUCGUCUGAAAAGGUAUGGGGACAGGUACUCCUUUAGUAGUCGUCAUUUCCCUCUUUCUCCUUACUUAACCCGCGUCACUGACGGGAGUAAAUGCCCUUUUCAAUUGACAUCAUAUUUGCCCGGUGAAUUUCCUCCUGAAGCUAUUAUGUUAGACGAUGUUAUUCCGGACCCGGAUGUGGAACUGCUUUUCGGAACUUCUUGUCCUUCUGUUGCUCCUUCAGGCGUUGGUUCCUCACGUUAUAAGGAAGAUGGCUGUCCUUCCCGCUUUCAGUUUGAAGAGGAUUUAGACGAGGCAUGUCGUCUUAUAGCUCGUGAUGAGAAUAUUAUAUCGUACUUGGGCGAGAUCUUAAGUUCUUUGAUGGGUUAUUGGCCCUAUGGGAUCAGUUUCUAG